AUGGAACAACAAGCAAAAUCAGCAUUGAAAACAGUUCAAGCAACUGUUACUGAUGGUAUUAAAGACAUCAUUGGAAGUGGUAAAGAAGAUAAAAGUAAUGAACAAGAUUCGUCUUCAGUAGCAGAUGAACCGACAUCAUCUGAAAAUAAUACAACUAAGAAAGUAUCAAAACCGAGAGAUUCAGGCCCUAAACAAAUUAGUAUUCGUGAAAUUCCCAUGCUAGAAAAUGUUCAAGAAGUCAAAAAGAUAUUUAAUCGUCAUUUACAUUUUACUGUUGUUAAAGAUCGCGAUAUAGCUAGUAAUCGUGAUUAUUAUACAUCUACAGCUUAUACAGUUCGUGAUCAUCUUGUUGGUCGAUGGAUUCGUACAAAUCAAUAUCAUUUUGAAAAUGAUGAAAAGCGUGUCUAUUAUUUAUCUCUGGAAUUUCAUAUGGGACGAGCAUUAUCAAAUUGUUUGAUUAAUUUAGGCAUUAAAAAUACUGUUGAUAAAGCUCUUUGUCAAAUGGGUUUCAAUAUUGAAGAAUUAGAAGAAUACGAAUCAGAUGCAGCACUCGGGAAUGGUGGUCUUGGACGAUUGGCUGCGUGUUAUCUGGAUAGUAUGGCUACAUUAGGACUUGCUGGAUAUGGUUAUGGUCUUCGAUAUGAUUAUGGUAUAUUUGCACAAAGAAUUAAAGAUGGUUAUCAAGAUGAAUGUCCAGAGAAUUGGUUAAAAUUUGCAAAUCCAUGGGAAAUAGGUCGACCAGAACAUCUUGUGCCUAUUCAAUUUUAUGGUAAUGUUAUUAAUGAUGAAAAUGGAAAAAAGAAAUGGAUCAAUGCAGAUAUUGUUCAUGCUAUGCCAUAUGAUUUACCAGUAAGAAUGAAACUAUACUAA